GAGAGGAGGUGACGCGGCCACGGAGGUGACGCCGAGUGGUCGCGCGCCCCUUCCGGCGCGGGGAAGGCGCUGAAGAUCCGGGGCCGCUCGGCCGCAGGCCGCCUCCAGCGCCGCGGGAUGUAGCGCCGGGGAUCGCGGCCCCCAGCAGAGCCCGCCUGCCGGCCGUAAAUUCCCCCCGGCUGCUGCGGCGAGCGGGUGUGCGGGGAUCGGCCGCAGCUCAGGAACCCCCGGGAGCCUCGGCGCAGGCCUGAGGCUGGGACAGCCCUUGGGACUGACUUGCCCAGAAGCCCCAAGGGUCUCGAGACCCCCACCCUGGAGCCGGCCGCGCCUCCCGGCUACUCUGCGGUCGGGGUUGUAAACAUUUCCGGCCCCUCCCACUUCGCGCCGCCUCCGAGGCGGCCUCCACUACAAUUUAAGGGCGGGUGGGCUGCUCGUCCUCCGACUUUCUCCCGACUGCCACAGUCCCGGUGAGUGCCGAGUCUUCCCAGCCCCGGUGGGAGGUCGAGACGUCUGGAUUCCGGCCCUGUAUCGAGACGGGCCAGGCCAGAGCUAAGCCGGCUCCCAAGGCCGCUGCGCCAGUGUUUACCACCACAGGGAGAUCUCUGCCCCCUGGGGCUGAGAGACCCCAACCUAUCCCCAAGCUGAAGCUGCAGGGGAUUGAGGUACCAGCCAGAUGUCUUCUCACAAAGGAUCUGUGGUGGCACAGGGCAAUGGGGCUCCUGCCAGUAACAGGGAAACGGACACGGUGGAGCUGGCUGAACUGGGACCCCUGCUAGAAGAGAAGGGCAAACGGGUCAUUGCCAACCCAACCAAAGCUGAAGAAAAGCAAGCAUGCCCAGUGCCCCAGGAAGAGGAGGAGGAAGUGCGGGUACUGACACUUCCCCUGCAAGCCCACCAUGCCAUGGAGAAGAUGGAGGAGUUUGUGUAUAAGGUCUGGGAGGGACGCUGGAGGGUCAUUCCAUAUGACGUACUCCCCGACUGGCUGAAGGACAAUGACUACCUGCUACAUGGCCACAGACCGCCGAUGCCCUCCUUCCGGGCUUGCUUCAAGAGCAUUUUCCGCAUCCAUACAGAAACUGGCAACAUCUGGACCCAUCUGCUUGGUUUUGUGCUGUUUCUCUUUUUGGGAAUCUUGACCAUGCUCAGACCAAAUAUGUACUUCAUGGCCCCUCUACAGGAGAAGGUGGUUUUUGGGAUGUUCUUUUUGGGUGCAGUGCUCUGUCUCAGCUUCUCCUGGCUCUUUCACACCGUCUAUUGUCAUUCAGAGAAAGUCUCUCGGACUUUUUCCAAACUGGAUUAUUCAGGGAUUGCUCUACUGAUUAUGGGGAGCUUUGUCCCCUGGCUCUAUUACUCCUUCUACUGCUCCCCACAGCCACGGCUCAUCUACCUCUCCAUCGUCUGUGUCCUGGGCAUCUCUGCCAUCAUUGUGGCACAGUGGGACCGGUUUGCCACUCCUAAGCACCGGCAGACAAGAGCAGGGGUGUUCCUGGGACUUGGCUUGAGCGGUGUUGUGCCCACCAUGCACUUUACUAUUGCUGAGGGCUUUGUCAAGGCCACCACAGUGGGCCAGAUGGGCUGGUUCUUCCUCAUGGCUGUGAUGUACAUCACCGGAGCUGGCCUUUAUGCUGCUCGAAUUCCCGAGCGCUUCUUUCCUGGAAAAUUUGACAUAUGGUUCCAGUCUCAUCAGAUUUUCCAUGUCCUGGUGGUGGCAGCAGCCUUUGUCCACUUCUACGGGGUCUCCAACCUUCAAGAAUUCCGUUACGGCCUGGAGGGGGGCUGUACUGAUGACUCCCUUCUCUGAGCCUUCCCACCUGAGGGGUGGAGGAGGAACUUCCCAAGUGCUUUUAAAAAUAACUUCUUUGUUGAUGUGAGAGGAAGAGUCUGAGUUGUCUGUUUCUAGAAGAAACCUCGUAGAGAAUUCAGUACCAACCAAGCUUCAGCCCACUUGCACACCCACUGGGCAACAGACUCUCCAUUUCCCUAGCUGAGGAGGGUAGGGAUGGUCCGACUCAGACAUGCCCCGCCUCAGCAGUCCCCCUCGUUGGCAAAGCAACUACCGUCCCCUCACAGAGACAGGACUUCGAAGCUCAUGUUGAGAUUUUACCCCUCCUCCAGCCAUUUUGGGAAAAAAAUGAUGGACUGGGACUCUUCAGAAAUCCUGUUUCUGGAGGAAAAUGUCCCUUCCUUACCCCCAUCCUUACUUUGUAACCUGGCUUAUAACAGGCCAUCCAUUUUUGUAGCACACUUUUCAAAAACAAUUAGAACCUGGUCCCAUCUUUCUAGGGCCUGGAUCUGCUCUUACAGCAGGAAGAAAACAGCCACCAACUUUUACAUAGCCCGGCUAAUCAUGGAAGUGUGUCCAGGCUUCAAGUAACUUGACUUUUAAUUUUGUUUUUUUCUUGGCAGAGUAAUGUAAAAUUAAAAUGGGGAAAGAUAUUUAAUAUUUAAUACUAAGCUUUAAAAAGAAACCUGCUAUCAUUGCUAUGUAUCUUGAUGCAAAGACUAUGAUGAUAAUAAAAGAAAGUACAGAAGACAUUUGGCAUUCAAAGAUC